AUGAAGGGCGCCAUCCAGUUCAAAACCACAAGCAAGGUCUUUCAUGCCACGGGACACGGCGUGCUUUCGGGGGAGGAUUACGUGUAUCAGUACGACGCCUUCUACCCGGCGAACGACGACGUCAUCAAGGUCUACCACAGCAACAUUUCAGCCUCCCGGCUCGCCGUGUGGAAGGGCUACAACGAUCCUGUGAUCCAGACAGGGUGGAACUUUUGGGAGGACCACCGAGACGGCAUCUCGAUCGAGCAGUUACACGUGAUCCACUCCCGAUACAAGAGGAGUGGCGAGUACAUGUUAUCAGCACAAGCUCGUGCCACCCUCGAGAGGCGGUGUCUGUGGCGUGCGCUCACGCGCUAG